AUGGUUCAAGACAUCUAUGAUCAGUGGGUUAGGGCUAAUGAAAAAUCUCGGGCUUAUAUCUUAGCAUGUAUAUCCGAUGUACUUAAUAAGAAACAUGAGGUAAUGCCCACCGCCCGUGAGAUAAUGGUGUCGCUUCAAGAGAUGUUCGAGCACCCAUCAUCCUCUAUUCGACUUGAAGCCAUUAAGUAUGUCUACGGUACUCGUAUGAAAAAUGGUUCUAACGUUAGAGAACAUGUUCUUGAUAUGAUGGUUCACUUUAAUAUUGUUGAGGCUCAUGGGGCGAUAAUAGAUGAGAUAAGUCAAUUAAGUAUGAUAUUUGAAUCUCUCCCAAAGAGUUAUCUGCUUUUCAGAACCAAUGUUGUUAUGAACAAAAUUACUUAUAAUUUGACCACAUUUUUGAAUGAGUUACAGACAUAUCAGUCUAUGAUGAAACUUAAGGAAAAAUAA